CACAGCUUUGCAAAGUCUCCGGAAGUGGAGGCGUGAAAGGCCGGGCUGAGCCGGCUCGGGGUAGCGGGACUCCAGACACUGGGGCGCCUCUCGGGGGCCGGUCAUGAACGGGCCGGCGGACGGCGAAGUGGACUACAAAAAGAAAUACCGGAAUCUGAAGCGAAAGCUCAAGUUCCUGAUCUACGAACACGAGUGCUUCCAGGAGGAACUGAGGAAGGCGCAGAGAAAAUUGCUGAAGGUGUCCCGGGACAAGAGUUUCCUCCUAGACCGACUUCUGCAGUACGAGAACGUGGAUGAAGACUCUUCUGAUUCAGAUGCCACUGCAUCUUCAGAUAACAGCGAGACAGAGGGGACACCCAAGUUGUUGGACACACCAGCCCCCAAGAGGAAGAGAAGCCCUCCACUGGGGAGUGCCCCCUCUCCCUCCAGCCUCUCCCUGCCUCCUUCAACAGGGUUUCCCUUGCAGGCCUCCGGGGCCCCAUCCCCAUACCUGAGCUCGCUGGCUUCCCCCCUCUACCCCCCAUUCCCUUCUGACUACCUGGCCCUGCAGCUGCCCGAGCCCAGCCCCCUGAGGCCCAAGCGGGAGAAACGGCCCCGCCUGCCCCGGAAACUCAAGAUGGCGGUGGGACCCCCCGACUGUCCUGUGGGAGGGCCGCUGACCUUCCCUGGCCGGGGUUCUGGGGCUGGGGUUGGGGCAGCCCUGACUCCCCUCCCACCCGCCAAGAUGCACCCCCCCACGAUCCUGAGCACCGUCCCUCGGCAGAUGUUCAGCGAUGCAGGCAGCGGGGAUGAUGCCCUGGACGGGGACGAUGACCUGGUAAUCGACAUCCCGGAGUGACCACCCGCUGCUGUGUGCCACGCCCCUGCCCGGCGCCCCUCCCCGUGCCAGCACACGCAAGCCCCCAGCUUCCUCAGAGAUGUUUAUUGGUGCCCAGUUGCCAUGCUUUGGCCACUGACACAAUCAGAAAAGGCGUAAACAUGCACGAAUGUCCUCCAGGAGGGUGGCAGGGGCCCUGCCUUCACAUCCCGGCCCCAUCUAGGGGACACUAUUUAGAUGAGUGGCCGGGAGCAUCUGCCACCUCUUGAGGAGGCAGAGAUUCCACAGUGGCCACCCCUUUAAAAGGGCAGCUGUACAGGGCUAGGUUUUUGUUGUUGUUUUUUGUUUUUUUUUUUAAUGAAGAUUCUGUAUUAAAGAAGUGGCUCUGG